AUGUUUGAGGGGGUGAUUGUCUCCAAACUCCGCAAACCCUCCAUUUCAUCUGCGUGGAUGCCGUUCACGAUGCUCCGAAAAGGCGCAACGAAUCCUUCCAGGGCCUCCCUGACGAAGCAAGCUUGCGAUGGUUGCAAAGUGCGCAAGGUUAGGUGUGGCGGAGGCAAUCCAUGCCGGCCGUGUCUGAGUGCGCGCAUCCAGUGCUCCUACAAGCGCACCCAACAGACACGAGGGCCCCAGAAACUACGCACUGCAACGAGGCGUCUCAUCGAGCAAAGCCAACGAAAUGAUCGGGGCCGUGCCGAGUCUACCGAGCACAGCGAAGGAGCUUCUGAAAGCGCAAGGUUACCGGCGAACACCCUGGUGUCACUCCUGUAUAUCUACCACGUGCGCAUGUACCCUGUCUGGCCGGUCGUCGAUGUCGAAAGUUUGAUCGCCGCACUGCAACGAGACCCUAAGGGUCAGGACUAUGAAACGAGAGCACUCGCCACCGGGUUGGCGGCCGCGACAGUUGCGCAAUUACGGCUUGGUGAGAACUCUAUCUCGGAUCCAUCGCUCACAGCGAACGCGCUCGCUGCCGAAUGCCUGGAAACUCGCAGAGCAUUUGACUACCGUUCGCGAGUCAAUUUGAACAAUAUCCGCACUGCGUUUUUCCUCCAUGUUUACUACGAGAAUCAACAGCCCGGGGGAAGCGAGUCCAUACUAUACUUGAGGGAGGCAAUCACCAUGGCGCAAUUGAUGUAUCUACAUCGGGAAGCGUCAUACAUUAGCUUAUCGAUUGAGGAGCAGCGAAUUCGUCGCCGGGUGCUGUGGUUGUUAUUUGUCACCGAACGUGGCGUAUGCAUUCUCCACAAGCUCCCAGUGGUUCUUAAAACUGAUACAGCAAUGCCCGAGAUCGAUACGAACGACGAACCACAGGUUUUGCCAGCUUUCCUGAAACUCCUGGCGUUGUUUAGGCUGUUCGAACAAACACGAAUGUUUGACAUCGUCGAAGACUACCACCUCGGAAUGCAGCCACCUAUUGGCUCUGCGAAGACUCCUGACACUACAUUCGACGAAAUACUUCAAGACCGAUUUCGUGAUGGCGCUGGCGCUUUGGAUCGGGCCUCUGAUGUACAAAGAGCGGACCUCUGCGUCACAAGACACUGGAUGCGUAUUCUGGCAUGGAAGGCUCUAUCAAACAGCGCUGCUGGCGCCUCACAUGUGGCCGAAUUGCAUCUCUCGCCCGUUUUUCCAUUGCUCGUAGCGAGGGAUCUCGUUAGCGUGGUCUGUCGACUACCACGAACGGCGCUCCAGGCUCAUGGACUGGGCAUGCAGAUGAAGCUGCACGAGAUUGCCAACUCGCUUGUGGAUGCCAUCACUACAAUGCCCAUACUCACGCAGACAUCGAAAUGGGGACAGGAAACACGGCCAAGUAGCCUUCUUUCUCAUCUACACUCCUUUCUGUCAACAUUCACAGACGGAGGAAACAAUGCCCUCGUGGAUAUGCUAUACCGCAAAAUGGCCCACGCGCACUCUGUGGUUUCCUCGACUAUUCCGCCGUUACUUACUUGCAUUCAUCCCGUUAAAAAUCGCAGCCUAGUUCAGGACACUGAACCAACUGCCUGGGACGGUGGCUCUUCAACCAAAGACUCCACCGAUACAAAUGCAGCCAACUGGCUAGAGGGAGAAGGAGCUCCUGGUAGCCCUUCACAUGCAACUAACAGGGUCAGUCUGGGGACCCCUGAUGGGGCCACCGAUGCGGCCACAGCUUCCGUAUCGUUAGAUUUUGAUAGCCAGCAGUUCGGCGAUCCAUGGAGUUACGUUCAGUCGAGCUACGAUCCUUUAAUAUACACGCUCGCUUGA